UAUUAUAGAAGAAACAAAUAGCAAUGAAAAGCUAAAUCAUAUUGAAUCGAUGACUAGUUUCUUUCAUAAGAUAGAAAAUGAUAUUAAACAAAAUGUACAACUUCUUUUAGCUUUUGAAAAAUUUCAGAAAGG